UUCACGGCAAUUUAGUCACUUUUUCCUCAUCGCACUACCACUUUCCACGACACCGCCAUUCGAACUGAACAAAAAUCGAGGGGAAAAUGACAACAAUUCACGAAAAAACUUAACGAAGCUUUGCCGAAGUUUGCCGAAGCUUGCGACUUCAGCGCCUCGCAUCUGCUAGUAGCUAAAGUAUAAGAGUGAAAAGCAAAAAACAGUGAGAUUUGUAGAGAAAAAUCCGUGAAAAUACCAGGAAAUGACAGCUAAUGGGGCUCAAUUUGAUCCUGUGAGGGAUAAGUCUCUCCAGGACUAUCGCAAGAAGUUGCUGGAGCACAAAGAAGUGGAAUCAAAGCUGAAAGAGAUGCGGGAACAACUGAAAGAGCGUACGAAGCAAUUCGACAAGUCCGAGAAUGAUCUGAAAGCCUUGCAGAGUGUGGGGCAGAUUGUGGGUGAAGUGCUGAAGCAGCUGACUGAGGACAAAUUCAUCGUCAAGGCUACCAAUGGUCCUCGGUAUGUUGUGGGAUGCCGGAGGCAGCUGGACAAGACAAAAUUGAAGUCAGGAACUCGUGUGGCACUGGACAUGACCACCCUGACAAUUAUGCGAUAUCUGCCAAGGGAAGUGGAUCCUCUGGUGUACAAUAUGUCCCAUGAGGAUCCAGGGGAUGUCACCUAUUCGGCUAUUGGGGGGUUAUCUGAGCAAAUCCGGGAGUUGAGGGAGGUCAUUGAACUGCCGCUUCUCAAUCCGGAGCUGUUUCUGCGUGUGGGAAUCACCCCGCCCAAAGGAUGCUUGCUCUAUGGACCACCAGGAACGGGAAAGACCCUUCUGGCUCGUGCUGUAGCCUCACAGUUGGAUGCAAACUUCCUCAAGGUCGUCUCGAGCGCCAUCGUGGACAAGUAUAUCGGUGAGAGUGCUCGCCUGAUUCGUGAGAUGUUCAACUAUGCUCGAGAUCAUCAGCCGUGCAUCAUCUUCAUGGAUGAAAUUGACGCUAUUGGUGGCAGGAGAUUCUCUGAGGGCACUUCGGCUGAUCGUGAGAUUCAGCGAACACUCAUGGAACUCCUCAAUCAAAUGGAUGGAUUCGAUUCCUUGGGUCAGGUAAAGAUGAUCAUGGCCACAAAUCGUCCGGACACUCUUGAUCCUGCUCUGCUUCGUCCCGGACGUCUUGACCGGAAAAUUGAGAUUCCACUGCCCAAUGAACAGGCUCGUCUGGAGAUUCUCAAGAUCCACGCACUGCCCAUUGCCAAACACGGAGAGAUUGACUAUGAAGCAGUCGUGAAGCUCUCAGAUAAUUUCAAUGGAGCCGAUUUGAGGAAUGUUUGCACUGAGGCUGGCCUCUUUGCCAUCCGGGCUGAACGAGAGUAUGUCAUUCAGGAGGACUUCAUGAAGGCGGUCAGGAAGGUGGCAGAUAACAAGAAAUUGGAGAGCAAACUGGACUAUAAGCCAGUAUAAAAUGCUUCCAAUUUGGGCAUUUCUUCGAGAAUCCUCGGAAUUAUUAUUGUCUACUUUUCGAAAUAAAAUAAUAAACAAUUUUUAUGCUAAA